AUGUCCGCCGUCUUCCCAGCCUACACACAAAACCCCUACCCUCCCGCGCCCAACCCACCCUACCCAACAACGCCAAACGCCCUGGACCCAAACUACCAACCUCAACCCCAAAACUACCAACCUCAACCACAAAACUACCAACUCCAGCAACCCCUCCAGAACCAACAACAGCUAUCCUUCCCCCGCCCCCCCACACCACCCGAAACCUCCCACGUCCAACCCCAACCCACAGCCCUGCAAGUCUACCAACAACAACAACAACAACCACAACAACAACCACAAACGCACUACCUCGACCCACCGCGCCACGACUCCCACUCCCACCCAAGUUCACACUCGCACCACUCCCACCACUCGCACGAGCACGAACACACAACGCAAAAAGACCUCGACGAAGAAGCCCAAUUCACACAAGACCGCGCGCGAGACAGGGAGUUAGAACGUCGGCCAACAGUGGGGGGUAGUUUGUUGAGUUUUGCGGGGAAGGCGGGGCGGUUUUUGGGGGCGGGGAGGCACUGA